CUCAUUCAGGGCUUUGUGUGUGAGGGAGCACCACAGAACUGGCACAGCUCCCCUCUGCAGGAACUGAUUAUGGCUUUGCGACCCCGAGCUUCAUCUCAGCCAGGAAAGCUGUCCCUCCUCCAGAUCACCAAGUCGACCUCGUCCCUUCGUCCGCGGGCCGUUUCCUCGCGCUCGAGCUCCAUGCUGGAAGACGAGCUGUCCUGUCCCGUCUGCUGUGAGAUCUUCAGGGAACCCGUCGUGCUCAAGUGCAGCCACAGCUUCUGCCGGGCCUGCCUGCAGCAGUUCUGGAACAAGAAGAAGGCCAGGCGCGAGUGCCCCAUCUGCAGGAGGAAGUGCUCGCUGACCGAGCCCACGGUCAGCCUGGCCCUGAAGAACGUGGCCGACACCUUCCUGCGGGAGCAGGAGCGGAGGACGGCCACUGCUCAACUGGGGUCCGGUUCAGGAGGGACGGGGGAGGAGGUGGGGGUGGCGGAGGAGAAGUGCGUCGCACACGGGGAAGUGCUCAAGCUCUUCUGUAUGGAUGACAUGGAAGUGAUGUGCUGCGUGUGUCACACCUCCAAGAAGCACCAGGGACACAAAGUGUGUCCCCUGGGAGAAGGAGCCCAGGAUCUGAAGGAAGAACUAAAGAAAGAGCUGGUUCCACUGAAGAAGAACCUGCGGCGCCUGUAUGAAGCCAAGCAGGAGUGUGAUGACACAACCGUGCACAUCAAGAAUCAGACGCGGUCCACAGAGGAGAAGAUAAGGCAGGACUUUGAGCAACUUCGAGAGUUUCUUGAGCGGGAGGAGGCAGAGCGACUGGCCGCCCUGGAGCAGGAGGAUGUGGAGAAAAGGGAGCUGGUGAAGAAGAAGGCUGAUAGCAUAACAAGAGACAUCCUCGCCUUCUCUCAUGCUGUCAUUGCCAUUGAGAAUGAAAUAGCAUCCAGUGAUUGGGUAUUCCUUCGGAACUACCCCAACACAAAAAAACGAGCGCAGCUGCCAGAGAAGGAUCCAGAAAAUGUGUCGGGCGCUCUCAUAAAUGAGGCCAAGCAUGUGAGUUCCCUCAAGUACCACGUGUGGGAGAAGAUGGUGGAGCUGGUUCAGUACACACCUAUAACCCUGGACCCCAACACUGCAUACUCCUGGCUGUCCCUCUCACCAGACCUGAUCCGUGUAGCCAACGGUGGAUCCCUGCAGCAGCUCCCCGACAAUCCCGAGCGCUUCGGUCACUUUGUGUUCGUGCUGGGGUCCGAGGGCUUCACAUCCGGCCGGCACGCCUGGGAGGUGGAGGUGGGUGACAAGGUGGACUGGAUGCUCGGUGUGGUCAAGGAGUCCAUUGACAGGAAAGGCCGCAUCUCGGGCUGUCCAGAGGGUGGCUUCUGGAUGAUCUCGCACUAUGAGGGCGAGUACUCGGCCAUGACGAGGCCCAGCACCCCGCUGCACUUGGAGGGGAAGCUGACUCGAGUCAGAGUGCAGCUUGAUUACGAGUCCGGAGAGGUGGCCUUCUCCGACCCGGUGAACAUGAAGUCCAUCUACACCUUCACGGGCGUUUUUACUGAGAAGAUGUACCCUUUCUUCUGCCCAGGAGCCAACAUUAACGGGAACAACCCCAAACCUCUUAAAAUCUGCCCUGCCAAGGUGGCUGUGUGGAACAGCUCGACCUGGUGAUUUAAGAUCACGUCACAGGAGGCAUCGGUGCGUUUCAAACUGUAAAUAAAAAAAAUAGAUGAUGUCUGUGCAGGUAUGUGUGUAAAUGAGCUUAAUACAAGCAGAGUAAUUA